GCCAGACGAUUGGACGAGGAUGGUUUUAAGGUCUUUGCUGGCUGCCUUGACGCCAAAGGUGAAGGCCCGAAGAAGCUCCAAAGCGAAUGUUCUCCGAAGCUUGAGAUUCUGCAGCUGGACGUCACCAGCGAGGAGCAGAUUGAGGCAGCAAGGGUCAAGGUCGUCGACAGUCUCAUGGGAAACAUUUUAUGGGCAGUCGUCAACAAUGCCGGGGUGAUGAUUGAUGUCGAAUUUGAAGUCACCCCCAAACGAGAUUUCAAAAAGUUGAUGGAUGUUAACAUUAUGGGCGUGGUCAACGUCACGAGGGCGUUCCUCCCACUCAUCAGGGCAUCCAAGGGACGAGUCGUUAACACAGCCAGCAUGGCAGGACGGACGGGAAUGCCCGGCAUGACGGCGUACGCCGCUUCUAAAUUCGCAGUCAUUGGUUUCUCUGAUGCCCUUCGACGGGAGAUGAGGCAUUUCGGGGUCAAGGUCAUCACAAUCGAGCCGUGCGCUUACAACACGGCAAUGACCUCUGUGUCCAUGCACCACGCUCAGAACGAGAACUUCUGGUCUAACGCUGAGCCCGGGAUCAGGCGAGAUUACGGCGAGACGUUCUUUUCUGAACACCAGACAGCCAGAGAUAGAAUCGUGCGCUCGACCGCGCGCGCCCAAACGGACGAGGUCGUCAACUGCUACGUAGACGCUGUCAGUUCCGUCCACCCGAAGAUCCGUUACGUCACUCCGUUUGUGAUGUCGGUUCUCAACGACUUCAUGUGCUUCCUCUUCACCAGCGUGCAAGACGCCAUUAUUCACCGUCUCGCUGGUUUAAGGUCAAGGCCAGAUAUGCUGUGCGCUCACCUACAAGAGAGCAGAUCCACGGGCAGACGACGCAGCCACGCCAUGUAAAUCACCUGAAUGACUCCUGUUUUUUGAGAUCGUUGACAGUGCUACGUAGUAAGCAUGAUGUCGACCGCUUCAGUGUUUAGACCAGUACCAUUGGCAGAAUAAAACCUUUAUUUACCUGCCUAGUCUGAUCCACACAAGUUUAGGAGCACAAACUUGUUGACAGCAACAUUACAAUACCAGCACAUGGUGAAAGUCCAGUUCAUAAUUAUAUG